GUCAACCACUGUGAGCAACUUGGGAAAGCUGACCUCAUGUUUGCUCAUGUAACGUUAGCUAACGUUAAUGUAGUUUUACUCUCUGCACGUAGUUUAGUUAUGAGAUAAGAAGCAGUGAAGUCAGAAGAAGUUUUUUCCCUCUGGAGGCAGACAUGUCGCAAAGGACAUACAACCAGCUGUGGGCAGAUGCUCAAUUAGAGCUGAGCCGUCUUCUAAUUGAGGAACUACCUGCUGAGCCCCCUCGCCCAGAAAAGGACAGGGUUGUGUUCUUCCAGCGUCUGGCCAUGCUCUAUGUGCGCUACAUUCAAAUCUUCAGACAGCUUGAGAAGGUCUACGAUCAGUCGGUUCACCCUCAGAAGAGACGAGUAAUUCGGGCGACUCUUGAUGGCGUGAUAGGGAGGGUGCUGGAGCUGAAGAAUGAAAUGGUGGAAAAAGAGUUUUCAGAGUACCACUACAUGGAUGAUGUCCUUCACGACUUGAAGCUGAUACCUGCAGACCUUGAGAUCCCUAUCCCACGCUAUUUCAUAAGUGAUCGCAGCAAAGAACUCCAAGAACGACAGACGAUGCUGACAGAUAUCAUGAAAAUGAUUGAGGUUACUGAAAGUCCACAACCUCUUAUUACCAAGGACAUGAGUCAAGAGGAGGCCAUUAAGAUCAUUCAAAUGACAGAGAGGGCCCGCCAAGGACGCCUGAGGGCCACGUUGAAAGAAGAGAGCAGAAAUAUGAACAGGAUGUACGCUACCAAGGACCCUGGAGCAGCUGCCAUUGAGCUGGCCAUCGUCUGCAUUCAGAAGGUGUGGAGGGGCCACGUACAGAGGAAGAGGACAAAGAUUGCUCGGAAUGAAGAAAUGAUUUUUCUAGGGAUGGUGAGUAAAAUGGAUCGUUAGUUUUGGUU